AUGGCCCCGCCUGCCGCCCGGCGCCUCGCUGGACCCCAGGCGCUGUUCCUGCGGGUCCGCACCCUCCUCCGGACCAACCAGGCCGCCCAGGCCGCCCAGCUCGCCACCGCCGACCUCGCCCGCCACACCCGCUCGGGAAGCACGCACGACGGCUGGCUCUGGCGCACCGCCGGCCUCUUCCGCUCCUACGACCAGCCCCAUCUCGCCCUCCGCCUCUUCGCCCGCCUCCAGCGCCGCCUCCCCGCGCCCACCCACGCCCGCGUCGCCGCCCUCCAGGCCGCCAGCCAGCUCGUCUGGAACGACCCCCGCCCGGAACCCCAGCGGCCGCCCGACCCCGGCCACCACGCCCAGCACGCCCAUCUCGCCCACUCGCUCCUCGAGCUCGCCAGCCACCACCUCCGAGGCGCAUCCACGCCCCGCACAACCGCCCCCACACCCAACACCCGCGUCCUCGAGGUCGUCCUCGCGAACAUCCUCAAGCUCGGUGACAUGGACUGGAUCGUCUCCAUCCUCCGCGACUUCUACCCCCGCUACACCCAUCAACUAGGCCUCCACCUCUACCCCCCAUCAUCCUCGGGCUCGGAAACGCUGCCGAGCGAGGGCCCGCUCGCGCCCGACGAGCUCCCGUCGGGCAGACUGGUCAAGUUCCUGGUGACCGGAUACAUGGCCUGCAAGGACCUGCGACGGGCGUAUGGGGUCGUGUGUUUCCACCGGAGGGCUGUGGAGCAAGCCGGCGCGUCCGAGGCGCGGGAGGUGACGGCGGAGGUGACGUUUCUGCGGGGCGUGUCGCGGACGACGCAGGGCGGGCUUGCGAGGCGGAUGGGGAUGGUGGCGGGGGUGCUGGAGAGUCUGGGGCGACGGGGCGGGGUGGAGCUGGACAGCUAUGCGCUGGACGGGCUGCUGGAGAUGCGCUACCGGAUGCGCGCCGGCUGGGGCUUCCGCAGACCCCAGCAGUGUCUGUUGCUCGCCCGGGACUACGCGGCGGUCUGGGUCCUGCUGGCCCGGCCGACGGUCCUCCUCGCCGACCUCCGCGUCUGCUUCGCCGCCGACACUGACGCCGUCCAUCGCUCGCUCCAAUGGCCCGCCGAGCUCGCCGCCGUCGCGCGCUGGAUCGCCGCCGAGACCCAAAGCCUCGACCCGCCCUUCGUGCGCGCCGCCGCCCUCUCCCAUUUCUCCCUCGAGUUCCUGCGCAAGGCCGCCGCCGUGGCCCAGCUCGACCUCAUCGCAUACGGCAUCGCCCCGCCCGACGCCGGCCACUCGCUCGACCAAUGA